AGUUCAAAAACAGUUGAUAAGCCGGUCGCUUCAGUAGGAAUCCAGUCACCGCACCCUCAAGACAUGUUGAUCGUUUUUCUCAAAACCGCGCCGAAAUCCACACACAGUGUUUGCCUUUGUCCUGUUUAGAGGAGGGCAAAGAUGAAGGGACAGUUUUCAAACAUCGUGGAGAAUGACUUCAAAAAAGACAAACACAUGAAGGGAUUCGAAACAAGGACACCCAGGAUGAAAGAAAAUAGCACCGCAGACAGGAAGAAGAUUGUAGGAGUGGUCCCAUCAACAGACUUCAAAGGAAGGGCGGUGGUUAAUUAUUGGGGUUUGGUUAUUGUUCUUGUGAGUUGUCACGUGAGUAAUUGUCCGGUUAAUGCGGAUCCAUUGUCCGGAGUAUCCGGAGCGACGUCCGGAUCAUCCGGAGGACAUCCUCCUGCCUGGACCACACGGACGGGAACGUCACUGACUGAGCAGAUAAUGAUGCGUCACGUCUACGAGCAGAUCAGGAGCCUGAAGUUCGCCUACGAGGAGAACAUCAAUCAGCUGAUGCGAAAGGUGGACACAAUCGACAUGAAGAUGUCGCGUCACAGCUGCGAUUACAGUGGCAUUGAAAGUGUGGUGCGCAAAAUCGACUCACUCGAUAUCAAAGUCAACCGACUUGAAGCAUCCAAUGUGCAUCGAUUGGAAGAAUUAUCUAAGACUAUCCAUACAAAAGGGAUCAGACAGGAGCUGGCCAUGGAUGGACUUGUUCAAAAAGUGGACGAGAAUCACGAGAGAAUAAAACAGAAAUUGAUAUUUGCAGAGAAGCGGCUCGACACAAUCAACAGCAAAAUGCAGGUUUAUGAGACGUCAAUCACUCGCGUGGAGUCUCGCCUGACUGACAUAGACAAUGACAUAAGUGAUAUGACCAAUACAUUGGACGACAUAAAGUCACUGUCAACCAUCAUAGAUGACAAGCAUAACAACACACAACGAUCUAUGAAGGAACAGUUGCAGGAAAUAAAAUCAGAGUCAGCUGGAAGCCGCCAACAGUUAGAAGAGCUGUCCAGCUCGGUGAAGGACAUCGGCAGCAGACUCAACGACACUGCGCAGACGGCGAUGGUCCGCGACGACGAAAACGUCCGCAUACUGUCUGCAGACACCGACCGCGACUUACGUCAGCAGAUCAACUUCGAGAGCAGGAGGAUCGAGGAUAAGAUCACAAGCAUGUACAACAACCUCUGGAGUCGAUUCAUGUCACUGGAGACCACCGCAAAGCAUCUGCUGAAAAUUGGCAACAUCACGCGACGUCAACUCAGGGAGGAUUUCCAAUCAUUGCUACAAUCAGAGGCUAGGUUUGCCGAGCCAGAAUCUCAAGAAAGUACGUAA